AUGUCCGCGCUCUUCGACUUCAAGUCGUUCCUCGUCACGCUCCUCUUCUUCAUCUGCACGUCCGCGUACGUCAAGAUGAAAGCGCCGUCGAUGGUGGAUCCGUACCGCACGGGCGUGCGAGGCGUCUUCUGGAAAGCCGCGCGCGUCGGCGAACGGUUGUCCCCGUACGUGUCUCUCUGCUGCUUGUUCAUGGCGUUC